AAGUUGAGUGACUCCAUCUUUAAACCCAAAACCCUUCUAUUUCUCACUAUGGCUAAAAGCUUCGUAUUCGAACCUCCCAGCGACGAAGAGCUUGAAUUUUCCCACGAGGAAGAAGAAGACGAAGAAGAACAAGGCGAGCAAGAAGAACGAGAAGAAGACGAUACUACAGCUUUAAAUAAUCGGAAAAAACAAUCACCAUGGGACCUUGCUUCGUACUCUGAAUCAGUAGCAGAAGAACAUGCUCGCAGAAGCACUACCUCUAUCGAUUUCAAGAUCUCCAAAGCCCUAGAGCACCGCUCUUUCCCGCUCACUACUCCCGACGAUGACGACGACCGCCGCAGCGACACAACCUCCGAUUCAGAACCUCACAGACAAGAAGAUUACAAAUCUGAAGAGGAUGAAGAUGCCGCAAUUACUCCCGUUGAGACUAAAUCAUUUUUUGCACCUUCUGAGGGAACUUCUUUUCAUGCUAAUUCGUUUAUGGAGCUCAAUUUAUCCCGUCCUUUGCUUCGGGCUUGUGAGGCUUUGGGUUAUACUAAGCCUACUCCAAUUCAGGCAGCUUGUAUACCACUGGCACUCACUGGCCGUGAUAUUUGCGGGAGUGCAAUUACUGGCUCUGGAAAGACAGCUGCCUUUGCUUUACCUACUUUGGAGAGAUUGCUUUUCCGUCCGAAACGACUGCAAGCUAUACGUGUCCUCAUUUUAACUCCUACUAGAGAGUUGGCUGUUCAGGUACACAGCAUGAUAGAGAAAAUCGCUCAGUUUACCGAUAUUAGAUGCUGCUUGAUUGUUGGCGGUCUUUCUUCAAAGGUACAAGAAUCUGCCUUGAGAUCUGUGCCAGACAUUGUCGUAGCAACCCCAGGAAGAAUGAUAGACCAUUUACGCAAUACUAUGUCUGUGGAUUUAGAUGAUCUUGCAGUUCUGAUCCUCGAUGAAGCAGACCGCCUUCUGGAACUUGGAUUUAAUGCCGAAAUACACGAACUGGUUCGACUAUGCCCCAAAAGGAGGCAGACAAUGCUUUUCUCAGCUACAAUGACGGAAGAAAUUGACGAACUUAUCAAACUUUCACUUACUAAACCACUGCGUCUGUCGGCGGACCCAUCUGCAAAACGACCGGCAACAUUAACUGAGGAGGUGGUUAGAAUACGUAGAACACGUGAGGUGAAUCAGGAGGCUGUUCUUCUUGCAUUGUGCUCAAAAACAUUUGCGUGUAAAGUGAUCAUCUUCAGUGGAACUAAGCAAGCUGCACAUAGGUUGAAGAUUUUGUUUGGAUUAGCUGGUUUUAAGGCUGCUGAGCUUCAUGGAAACCUUACACAAGUCCAGCGUCUUGAUGCUUUGGAACUCUUCAGAAAGCAGCAAGUUGAUUUUUUGAUUGCAACUGAUGUAGCUGCUCGUGGACUUGACAUUAUUGGCGUUCAAACAGUUAUUAAUUAUGCGUGUCCUCGUGAACUGACUAGCUAUGUUCAUCGAGUGGGUCGUACAGCAAGAGCUGGUAGAGAAGGUUAUGCUGUUACGUUUGUGACAGACAAUGAUCGCUCUCUUUUAAAAGCCAUAGCGAAGAGAGCUGGUUCAAAAUUGAAGAGCCGUAUUGUUGCAGAGCAAUCAAUUUCUAAGUGGUCUAAGAUAAUUGAGCAAAUGGAAGACCAAGUAGCGGCCAUUCUUCGAGAAGAGAGGGAGGAGAUAGCUAUGAGAAAAGCAGAAAUGGAAGUAACAAAGGCAGAAAAUAUGAUUUCACAUAGGGAUGAAAUUUUUUCACGCCCCAAAAGGACAUGGUUUGUAACUGAGAAAGAGAAGAAGCUAGUGGAAAAAGCAGAUAAGGCAUCAACUGUAAAAGAAAAUGGUCAUGGGAGUAAAAUUAUCAGUGCCCAACAGGCUGAAGAACUUAAGCUGAAGGAGAAGAGGAAACGAGAGCAUGAGAAAAAUUUGCCUCGGAAACGGCGUAGAAAAUUACAAGCAGCCAGAGAGAUGUUGGAGGAUGAAGAUGAAACUAAACACUCAGAUAGUUCUGGGAAAAAUAAGAAAGAAAAGACUGGAUUGUCCCUAGUUGACCUAGGUUAUCGGCGGGCAAAAGCAGCCAAGGCUGUGAAAAGGGCACUAGAUUCAGGCAAGAUUGUAAAAAAGGCUGAAAAGAAGUCAAAACAUCCAUCCCAAAGAACUAAGCCGAGGGCCGAAGAAAUGCAGGAGCUAUUCCAGAGUGACAUGAGUGAGGGCAAGCGGAAGAAAAGCAGUGGGGGAAUACGACCCAACAAAGCUUCCAAGAAUUCAUUUAAGAGCAAAUCACGGUAUAAGCGAAGGUAGAAUCACCAGAGGUAUAUGCUCCAUGAAAGUGAUCGACCUCGGUGUUGUUACAAAAGGUCCCAUCAUUCGCUAGGUCUCUGCAGAAAAAUGGCGAUGUAACAAUAUAUACCACAAUUUUAUAAGGGAGCAUGCUGCAAAUCAAGUUGCUCGACGUCGUUUUCUUAUCUUAAACAAGAGAGAACAUUUCUCAAGCUAAUUGUUGUUGACUGUGAUUUGUAAUCUAUUUUUUAAAAAAAUCAACAUGAAUAUUUAUAUCAGCUCAAAAUUAUAGCAGUAAUUGUAAAAUUCGAGAAAAUUUUGAUGACU